AUGGCAUUGACAUUCAUUGUCUUUGGUGAUGACAUUCACUGGGCCUCUGUUGGCUUGUUGGACGUGUGUCUGCAGAGCAAGCGGUCUUUUUUUAUCCUGGGAUUGACUCCUCUAACGAGCCUCAUACCUGCUAGUCAUAGGCGAGGGUCUCUUGUAGGGCUCGCGAUCCCUUCUACGAACAUAGCUUGCGACCUUAUUCCUGCGAGGCUUAUAAUCAGUGAAGCUGUUGAAUAUGAUGGGAGAAAGAAUCUUACCAGGAGUUAUUUUCAAUACCCUCCACCUGGUUUUCCUUCUGUUUCUCCUCAUAGACCUUCAUCUAUUCCUACAGAUCUUGAAAGGGUGUACAUAAGAGGCAAAGGUUCUGUCAAGGAUUCUGUUAAGGAAGAGAAACUAAAAGAUAAACCUGGAUUCGAACACCUUAAUGAGCCAUUGCAUGUGUUGGUGGAGGCUGAACUUCCCAAAGAUGUGAUAAAUUCUCGUUUGGACUACGUUGUUGCCAUACUAGAAAAUCUUCUGAAACCUGUGGAUGAAUCUUUGGAUAACUAUAAGAAACAACAGCUUAGGGAGUUGGCUUUACUAAAUGGUACAUUAAGGGAAGAGAGUCCGAGAAUGAGCCCGACUAUGAGCCCUAGUAUGUCGCCCUUUAACGGUACUGGAAUGAAACGAGCCAAUUAUUUUAGCCAAAAACCUCUAAUAUAGUUGGAAGAUUCUUCUUACUUACAAACAUACAUAUGCAGCAUUCUCUCUUGGUGAUAAUUACUAUUAUUAUUUAUUAUAAGAUAAAUUCAUUGUAUUGUACUUUGACUUAAUAAUAAGUAUUUUUUUUUUCGAA